CACUUCUGCCAUGAACAACAUAGUUUGCACCUAAUUAUGGAUGGUGAGAUCAUCACCAAUGACGAGAUUAGUUGUGAACUAUGUGAGUUUUCUUUGGAACAACCUCCUUAUUAUGUUUGUGAUUCAUGCAAAUAUUAUGUUCACAAGUCAUGUGAAGAACUACCAAAACAAAUCAAUCACUCUCUUCAUCCUCGCCAUCCUCUCAUUCUUACAUCAAGAUCUGUCCCGUGCGAUUCUUGUUGGAAAACCCCCCAAAAGAGUCUCAUGUUCGGUUGUGAAGAAUGUGGAUUUGACAUGGAUAUUGAAUGUGCCUUAAUGUCAAAUUGUAUGUCAACAUGUCCUGAAGGCCAACAUUGCAUUCAACAUUCUAGUCAUCCUCAUUUGCUGCUACUUGUUGACACAUCUGACGCUAUUUAUAAAGAUGUCAAUGUUAGAUGUUUUGCAUGUCAAUUUAAGGACUCAACUUCAGAUGUUAGUGGAGUGUAUUAUGGUUGCAAUAGAUGUGAGUAUUUUCUUCAUAAACAUUGCAUUGAUCAAUUACCACAACAAAUCCAAACCUCCCACCAACCUAAUCACAACCUCCUCUCCCUUCAUAUGAAAGGUGGAAAUGUAAAUGUAACACUUGUGGAUAUUCAAUGGAAGAUGCUUUGUAUUUUGAAUGUCCUCAAUGUGAUUUCAAAUUGUGCUUAGAAUGUGGAGUGAGAAGACCACAAACCAUUAAUUAUGAAUAUCAUCCACACAAUCUUAUUUUCUUUGGGGAGAAGAAACUAGAGACUUCAAAUGGUGAAUGCAAUGUCC